AUGUCACCAACCGCCCCCCUCGAUUUGGAGAAUGCAGGCCAGCCGACACCCGUAGAGCUCGAGGCCCUGCGGCGUGUCUUCAACUGGAUAGAUUCCGACAAAGAUGGAAAACUAAGUCUGCAGGAAAUCAGCAACGCCCUUACCUCCCUUGGCCACAAAAUGCCCAAAGUGAGCGUGUUCACGCAAGAGAUUGAAGUGAUCAUAUGGGAGCUAGACGAGGACCUAGACCAGCAUAUAAGCUGGGACGAAUUCCUCGUUAUGUACCAAAGAAGCAUUAAUGACCCCACAGGCUUGGAGCCCCGCUCUUUCUUUAAUCUUGUUCAAUUUCUCAUGUACGACACAAACUUUUCCGGAGAAAUCAGUGUCGAGCAAACGCUUCAGAUUCUCUUUGUCCGUUUCGGAAGAGAGUUGCUCGACCAGGAAAUCCAGGCGAUUUUCGGAGAAGAAGAGAAGGGACCUGGGGGACAGGAAAAGCGAAUCACUCUUUCAGAGUACCUAGAGAGAGUCCAGGGACGGCUCAAUAAGCAACGGUACGGGGGAUGUGUGAGUUGUUGCUUUGGGGUUCAAUUGAAGUCCAUGUCUACAGUGGUCAUUUCCAGCAUGACAGCUGUAGACAUUUGA